UUAUAACAAUCUCUGGCAAAACCCCAGAAAAGAGAUAACACUCUUGUCUUCGACGGACCUCGGAGGCGGCAGCGGGGCCGGUGGAAAGGGUCUUCCGGUGGCCCGAGGCUCUGGGAGCCACCAGUCCAGCUGAGGGACAGCCUCUUGGGACUUUCUUCUCCCUGAGGAGCGUGACGCAGUUAAAAAGGAAAAAAAAAAAAAAGAGCCACAAGCCAAAGAGUUGCCAAUGACAUAGGAGAGGGAGCUCUUUCAAGCCACCGAGCCGCUCCUGGAGGCUCUGAGCUCACCCACCCCCAGCCAGGGGGCUCGGUCGUGGAGCGACACUCAACACGGGUCCGCGCACGAGAGACGGAAUGGCCGGGGAAGUCAGUCUGAAUUCCCUCCAGGAACUGGAACGCGAGGUCAUCCUCCAGGUCCUGUACCGAGACCAGGCGGUUCAAAACACCGAGGAGGAGAGGAUCCGGAAACUGAAGACGCACCUGCAGCAUCUCAGGUGGAAAGGAGCAAGGAGCGUGAGCCCGGAAUACAAAGAGAAGUCCUGCGCACGCUGCCAGUGCCAGCUCGGGCUUCUGCUGAACCGGGGGGCCGUGUGCAAGGGCUGCAGCCACCGCGUGUGCUCCGAGUGCCGAGUCUUCCUGCAGAGGACCCGUGCCUGGAAGUGCACCGUGUGCUUUGAGGACAGAAAUGUGAAAAUAAAAACUGGAGAAUGGUUCUUUGAGGAACGAGCCAAGAAAUUUCCAACUGAAGGCAAACACGACAGGGCUGGAGCAAAGCUCUUGCAAUCUUAUCAGGAACUGAGCAACAUUUCCGUGGUUCCUCCUACCCCACCUCCUCUGAGUGAAAGCCAGUGCACCAGCAGCUCCCGCAGGUUACAGGAACUUGGUCAGUUUAAAGGAUUUAAUAAGUCCAUGGAAAAUUUGUUUCUGUCUGUUACCACCCACAUGAAAAAGCUUUCCAAGUCCCAGAAUGACAUGACCUCUGACAAGCGACUCCUAGCCGCGGGUCCCAGGCAGUGUGCUAGCCGGACGGAGAGGAGGAGCCAGUCUGACACUGCCAUCAACGUCACCACCAGGAAGCCAAGCACACCAGAUAUUCUGAAACCUCUCAACCAAGAGAGUCCCAAACACCUUACUAACCCUGUUUCGAAGCAAGAGGACGUCUCAUCCAGGCCAACGCCCAGCACUUUGUUCUCAGGAGGCUUGAGACACGCAAGUCUACUUAGCAUUAACAGCACUUGUACAGAGAUGGGAAAUUUUGACAAUGCUAAUGUCACUGGAGAGAUAGAGUUUGCCAUUCGUUAUUGCUUCAAAACCUGCUCUUUAGAAAUAUGCAUCAAGGCCUGUAAGAAUCUUGCCUAUGGAGAGGAAAAGAAGAAAAAGUGCAAUCCGUACGUGAAGACCUACCUGCUGCCUGACAGAUCCUCCCAGGGAAAACGCAAGACUGGAGUCCAAAGGAACACCGUGGACCCAACCUUCCAAGAGACCUUGAAGUACCGGGUGGAGCCCGCCCAGCUGGUGACCCGGCGGCUGCAGGUCUCCGUGUGGCACCUGGGCACGCUCACCCGGAGGGUGUUUCUUGGAGAGGUGACCAUUCCUCUGGCCACAUGGGACUUUGAAGACAGCUCGACGCAGUGUUUCUGCUGGUAUCCGCUGAGGGCCAAGGCAGAGAAACAUGAAGACAGCAUUCUUCCAAAUAAUGGAGAACUUGCAGUCCGGGCCAAACUGGUCUUCCCUGCAGGGCCCAGAAAGCUCAAAGAGGCCCAAGAAGGGACGGGAGAUGGGCCAUCCCCUAACGGUCAGCUUUGUCUGGUCGUGCUGGGAGCCAAGAAUUUACCUGUGCGGUCAGAUGGUACCCUAAACUCCUUUGUUAAGGGCUGCCUGACUCUGCCAGACCAACACAGGCUGAAGCUCAAGUCCCCAGUCGUCAAGAAGCAAGCUUGCCCCCAGUGGAAGCACUCCUUCACGUUCAGUGGCGUAAGCCCUUCUCAGCUGAGGCAGUCCAGCCUGGAGUUAACCGUCUGGGACCAGGCCAUCUUUGGUGUGAACGACCGCUUGCUGGGGGCAGCCAGGCUUGGUUCCAGUAAGUCCGUCCGAGAGGAAGACGCAGCUGGCGGUGUGGACUCAUGCUCUCAGUCAGAGCUUCAAUGGCAGAAAGUUCUUUCCAGCCCCAAUCUGUGGACAGACCUGACACUCAUUCUUCACUGAAGCCAAGGUUCCAGUCCGCAGUGGGAGUCUCGAGUGCCGCAUGCCAGAAGGUGGCUGGACGUGUGGGUGUGGACACUCGCCGGCUGCAGCUGUAGC